ACAACAAUUAUCCUGAUUAAAAAGCAGCGCCAUGAGCCUGCUGAUCCGCAACUUGCAAAGCGCUGUUCCGCUGAGUCGAGCCUGCCUACGCCGGGAUACAGAGGUUCUGCGGCGCAUCCUGGGCAUCCAGCGGUUCGAUCUGGGACUGGUCUGCGUGGACAACCGCAGGAUACAGCGCAUCAACCGCACUUACAGGAGCGCCGACAAGCCGACGGACGUCCUAAGCUUUCCCUUCUACGAGGACCUGCAAGAUGGGAAGUUGCCAAGCAAUCUUACCAAUGACGAUCUCAAUCUAGGGGACAUAUUCCUGGGGGUGGAGCUUAUUAUGCAGCAGUGCAACGGGUCGCCAGUGGACUUCCAGAGCACCAUAACUAUUGUCACCACGCAUGGAAUCUGUCAUCUCCUCGGGUACAAACAUGACACAGAGGAAGAGUGGAUAAAGAUGUUCCAGAAAGAACACCACAUCCUGAAGGAGUUUAACAGGCUGACAGGUAGCCAACUGGAGCCUCUUACCAAGAGAUAUAUUUCAUGAAGGACCACCAUCUGAGGCCAGACUCAGCUAGGCUGGACGUGUCACUGGGGAAAUGGUGUGCAAAGCAGCUUAAAGGUCUUUAAAACUGAUAUACACUGAAUGCUGCACAGGUUUGGAAUGGACAGUGGAUAAUCAUUAUCGUAAAAAAGCAAAACAAAAUAGACUUUUGUGAUUUGGUGGAUGUCAGUGUUUUAAAAAAAAUAUUUAAUUUGUGCUUUGUAACUUUCAUAAAGCUAAACAUCUCAGAAAAAGAAAAAGCUUUUCACAUUUUGUAAUAGUUUCAUGUUUUAUAUGAAAGCAGAUAUCUCUCUGCACUGUUGUUAAUGCACACCUUAGUGGUGGAUGAUAUGACAAUAAUGACCUGUUGCAACUGUAUUCACAAUAAGUGUUUGAGUCAUGGCAAUCCAACGAUGCAUUAACAUUUAGUUUAUUUAGCUGAUGUUUUUGUCCAAAGCAACGUACAAUUAAGGCAAAUAGCACAGUACAUACAUGCCAUCGAGGAGUCAAUGACAGUGCCUUGCAAAUAUAUCCCCCUUGAUGUUUGUCCUGUUUUGUCACAAUACAAGCUUGAAUUAAAAUGGAUUAUUGAGGGUUAGCACUAUUUGAUUUACACAACAUGCCUACCACUUUAAAGAUGCAAUUAUUUUUAUUGUGACACAAACAAUAAUUAAGACAACAGAAAAACAGAAAUCUUUUGUGUGCAUAGGUAUUCACCCCCACUUUGUAGAGCUGCUUUUUGCUGCAAUUACAGCUGCAAGUCUCUUGGGAUAUGUCUUUAUUAGCUUAGCACAUCUAGCCACUGAGAUUUUUGCCCAUUCCACAAAGCAAAACUGCUCCAACUCCUUCCAGGUAGAUGGGUUGUGUUGGUGUACAGCAGUCAUCAAGUUAUGCCACAGAUCCUCAAUUGGACUGAGGUCUGGGCUUUGAUUAAGCCAUUCGUGUGUUUCCUUUCAAACCACUCAAGUGAAGCUUUAGCAGUAUGUUUAGGGUCAUUGUCCUGCUAGAAUGUGAACCUUCGUCACAGUCUCAAAUCUCUAGCUGACUCAGGUUUUCCUAAAGAGUUGCCCUGUAUUUAGUGCCAUCCAUCUUUCCUUCAAUCCUGACCAGCUUUCCUGUCCCUGCAAAGGAAAAACAUCCAUACAGCAUGACACUACCACCACUAUGCUUCACUGUGGGAAUGGUGUACCUAGGGUGAUGGGAAGUGUUAGGUUUGUGCCACAUAUGGUGUUUCCCCAUGAUGGCCAAAAAGUUAAAUUUUGGUCUCAUCUGACCAGAGAAUCUUCUUCCAUGUGUUUGGGGAGUCUGUCACAUGCUGUUGGGCAAACUCCAAGUGGGUUUUAUUUAUUUUUUUCCUUUAAGGGAUGGCUUUUUUUCUGGCCACUCUUCCACAAAGCCCCACUCUGUAGAAUGUAUGGCUUAAAAUGGUCCUAUGGACAGAUACUCCCAUUUCCACUGUGGAUCUUUGCAGCUUCUUCGGUUUUAUUUUUGGUCUCUUUGUUGCAUCUCUGAUUAAUGCCCUCCUUGCCUAGUUGUGGUGGGCAGCCUUCUCUUGUCACAUUUGUGGUGGUGCAAUAAUCUUUCCAUUUCCUAUAAUGGAUCUAUACUUCUCCACAACUUUGUCUCUGGCCUGUUUGGAAUGCUUCUUGGACUGAAGGUUGCUUGCUAAGUAGUGUUGCAGAGUCAAGGUUCUUUUAGAACAGCUUGAUUUAUACAGACCUCUAGUGACAGACCGUGUGACACUUUAAUUGCACACAGGUGGAUCUUAAUAAACUAAUCUCGACUUAUGAAGUUAUUUGGUAGGACCAGCUCUUAUUUAGAGGUUUCAAAGCAAAGGGAGUGAAUACCUAUGCACACUCAAGAUUUCUGUUUCUUCAUCUUAAUUAUUGUUUGUGUGAUGAUAAAAAAAUAUUUUGCACCUUUAAAGUGGUAGGCAUGUUGUGUAAAUCAAAUGGUUCUAACCCCUAAAAAUUCAUUUUAAUUCCAGCUUGUAACGUGACAAAACAGGACAAACAUCAAGGGGGAUAAAUACUGUUGCAAAGCACUUGUAGGCAUAAGUGCAACUAGGCUUAGCUUCCAAUGAAUGGCCAGUUACAAAUGCACGAUAAUAUUACUACAGUUUUUCUUGAUUGCUUUGGAGCAUUUCCCAAAUGGCAAUUAACAUUUGCAAAACAACAAGUGUAAUCACCACACCAUAAUGUCACUUUUGCACAGCAGAACAUCAUUUCUCAUUGUUUCACACAAAUUUCCAAAUGUUUUAGUUUGCAUAUGCAAAUAGUUAAGUACCAUUGUCAUCAUUUGGCACAAUUUUCAGUUGUUUUGAUCAAGGUAGAUUACGUAGUUUCCCAUUGUAAUAAAACUAUAUAUGUAUGUGAUCAUCGUGUUAGCCACCAUGCUGUCAAAAGGAUAUAUUCCAUAAAUUGAAGUGAUACAGCAUUGUUGUAUUUUUGUUUGUUAUUUUGUUCUUAUGUUGCCUUUUGCUGUUUUAUGUUUACUAUUGUACUGUCUUGAGAACUUGAAAAAGUUUGCAUGUACAGGAGAGUACUUUUUCUUGCCAGUGGACUUUACAUACUGUAAUGUAGAGACUUGCAAUGUUUAAACUGGUGUCUUUGACAUAAAUAAGUAACAGUUUGCUAUAGACAAAUGAUCAGUUAGUGACAAUCAGAAAGUGGAAACCUAUGCUACAUUCAGAAUUGUGGAGCUCAGGACCAUACUUACACUGGCAUUUUGACUCUCUUGAUUAAAAUUAUGUUGAUUGUACUUUU